AUGCUCCGGCUGCUGAGCGCCCUCCUGCUUGUGGCCCUUGCCUCAGCCUCCGGCCAACCUUCCUUCCGCCCGUCCAUCCGGGUUGUCAAUGGCACCAGUGCAGUCCCCCACAGCUGGCCCUGGCAGGCCAUGGUGCUGUUUGAGCAGGACGGGGCCCUCUACUUCAUCUGUGGCGGGACCCUCAUCGACCCUGACUGGGUUAUGACUGCCGGCCACUGCUUCCCCUACAACGGGACCUACUGGGUGCUGCUGGGCGGACACAACAUAACCAACAUAGGGGGAAACCAGCAGAUCAUCCCCGGGGAGAAGAUCUAUGUGCACCCAAACUAUGAUGACAACAACGCAUCCAAGGGCAAUGACAUCGCCCUCCUCAAGCUGUCGACAAGCGCCAAGCUGACAGAUAAAGUCAAGCCCAUCUGCCCCCCUCCCCGCGACUACAUCCUGCCCCACGGGACGGAAUGCUACAUCACUGGCUGGGGCACCACCUCCACUGGAGGGUCAAUCCCAGACAUUCUACAGCAGGGGCUGCUGCCCGUGGUGGACUACGCACACUGCUCCCAGCCGGACUGGUGGGGCUCCUCUGUGAAGGAGACCAUGGUGUGCGCCGGUGGUGCCAAUGUCGCUGGCUGCAACGGUGACUCCGGGGGACCCCUCAACUGCCCUGGAGUGAAGUGUGAAUGGGAGGUCAAUGGCGUGGCCAGCUUUGUCUCCAUCGAAGGCUGUGACACCCUCAAGAAGCCCACGGUGUUCACCCGAGUGUCGGCCUACAUUGACUGGAUUAUUGGGAUCAUUGGUGGCUACCCCAAGUGCUCGUGCUGA